AUGACUUCCUCACUUCUUCUCACCAAUCUUCCCCGCGACUCAUCUUCCGCCCUCGAACACGCAUUUUCCUUUCCUACCGCGAAGAUAACUGUGCGUUUUCAACCUAUUGGAUCAGCGCCUAUUUUACAACGACCCGUUUCGAAGAUUAGUUCCAGUCAGAGGUUUGAGACUGUGGUUGCUUAUUUGAGGAGGGUUUUGAAGUUGGAUAGGAAGGGUGGGGAGGCCGAAAGUGUGUUUUUGUAUGUUAAUAGUUGUUUUGCGCCGGCCUUGGAUGAGGUGGUGGGGAAUUUACACAGGGUGAGUGGGCUUUUUUAGCAUUUAUGGUGGUGGUUAUGAGGAACGAGGUUGAAGGGAUGGGGAAGAUUUGAUACUAAUUUGUGGGAUAGUGUUUUAAGGAUUCCAAGGACCAGCUUAUUGUUACAUACUCGAUGACACCUGCAUUUGGAUGAUCGGAUGGCCAAUGUACGACACGCUGUAUAAGAUAUGUUUUACUUGAUAACAAGAUCUUAUUGCUAUUCGGCGUCUAAAAGCUGAGCAAAUACGGGGAAUCUAAACCUGGAUAAGUACGCCCGCAAUCUACAACAUCAAUAAUUUUAUCCACAACUCAUGCUCCCCUCUCAAUCGCACUUCGAAACUCCUCGAGCUCUUUUUCCGGAAUGGGAUAUGUAUGCUCCGGGCCCGGGUAGGCUCGGGAUUUUGUCUCGUCGCGGUAUUCCGAAAUAGCUUUAAAGCUCUCGCUCCAAACAUCACCAUACUUUUUCACGAAUUUUGGGAGAAAUCGACCAGGUGGGAAAUUGCCUGUCAUGUCGACCUGCACCAAAACCUGUCCCGAGCAACCAUUCCCUGCUCCAAUACCUAUUGUAG